AUGUCAUCGACAUCUCACGGAAAAAAUCUCGAUUUAGCUGCCAAACUGAUUGGGUCUAGCGUAUAUUCAGGUGGAGAUUUCGUCAACUGUGAAAUAACUUUUCCCGGGAAUUCAGAUAUAGUUAGAGAGGAAUAUAAAUGGUCACUUACUGGUAUUGUUGGCUGUAUCAUUGGUCAAUGUAAGUUGGACAAUAAGCAACUGACUACACAGAACCAGGCGUCCCCAAAAUCACUGUCAUUUAGUACUUCUGAGUGGAAAUAUAAUUGUAAACUAAACUUCGAUGCUGAAUCAUUGUUCAUUUCUACAUUAGAGUCAAAAAGUCAGUUAAUAUGUAUCAUUCCAAUGCAUGUGAAAUUCAUCCCAGAUAAUAGUUUCAAAGGACCCGUCAAUUUGUGUGCUUAUCUACCGUAUAAUCUUUCACCUAGUAUUCGUGGCACACUAUUUAAGUUCGCGUACAAGGUGGUUGUGGCAGUUCAAGUAAAAUAUCUGAACUCAGAUAUCAAGACGCAUACUAUUCAGUUGCCUCUUCGUGUUUUACCUUCUCCAAUAAUGUAUCACAGCUUAAGACUUCAAGAAUGUGAUGACAAGAAAGAAACAUACUCUCCCGACUUGUCAAAUCCGUUUUGGGUUCCUGAUACCAGAGAUAAAGACUCUUGUUUUAAUUUUGGCUUUGAUGGAGGCUUUUCCUUGCAAUCACACGAAGUCAACAGCUUUUUGUUUGAAGAUACGGAAACACAUACUAAUAAAUCAGUCGGUCAAAUAUAUUCCUCUUUGUCUCAUAAUGUUUCCCGGUGUGAAAACUCGAAUUGCUCAGACCAUUCUCCAGAAAAAUCAAACGAAGUUUAUAUCUAUCCCAGUUCACAUAUGGAAUUAAUGAAUCUGUUAGCAUGUUCACCACCCGCUAACUUCGUGAUUUCUACUCCACGUGGUUAUGUCGGACGAUUAUCUUUCCAACGUACGUUAUACUGUUUAGGUGAUAUGGUACGGGGUUAUUUUGACUUUAAUGAAGCUGUUGUUAAAUGUCUUAGUUGUGUAAUACGACUUGAAAGUGAGGAGAGAUUUAUGCUUCACCAUGAAAAUCCUUUCCUCCUGCCAAACUGUAGAAUUAAAAGUAGAAGAAAUGAGGUUCAGAAUUAUUCUAUGGGAUGCCUACCGUUAACUAAAAUUGGUCAACCUUUAUGUACAAAUUUUCAACCUUUAGGCUCUACACAGCAUACUACAUGGACAGAUAUAAAGUUAUAUUGUACAUCUAAACUGUUAUUACCUUUUACAUUGCCUAUUCCAACAAAUAUAACGCCACAGUUUCAUUCUGUUAGUUUAACUAGUCCAUUUAUUUCCUUAGAUUAUCGAUGGCGUUUACACUUAGAGCUUGAUUUAAUAUCUGAUAAUAGUAAAAAUAAUUUGUUAGAUCAUUUUCACGGUAAAUCAUGUUUAAAAAGAGAAUACGGUACAGUAUGGACAAUUCCAAUUAACUUAAAAACUGAAAAAUUUGUGUGGGAUAUACCAAUCCAGUUAGUAUGUUCAAAUCCUUCUGUGAUAGAUAGUUUAAGUGAUUCAGUAAAGCAUCCCGUUUGUAUAUCAGAUAUUUGACAUUUUUUUCUUUCUAUAUAUACUUAUAUUUUGUCUUUUAUCGGUUUAUUUUUAGAACUUCCACUUAUAUUAAAAAUGUAAUAUUUUGCGAAUAUGUAUAUGCUAUUUUUAUAGUAUCCCAAAUACUUCUAUAUCCUACCUAAUAUAAAUUGUUCUUAUGAUGCAUAGCUGUAAUUUAUUAUGUUUAUA